AGAGAAGAGAGACGUCUUCUCUGGUAUAACCUAACUUAAUAAAAAGCAAGAUAACCUCACAUUUUGUAUAAUGGCAAAACAAUAUAAAACUCUUCAUCCACAAAAAUAUUAUAGAGACUACUUAGCACAUAAUAUCAGGCCUGAUGGCCGAGACUUGGAUUCUUUUCGACCUGCUGUACUCAGUUGCGGUUCGAUUUCAACAGCAAAUGGGUCAGCUAUAGCAAAGAUAGGUCAAACUACAGUCGUGUGUGGAAUUAAGGCGGAACUAUGUCAACCAAAAGCAGACAAACCAGAAGAGGGAUUUAUUAUUCCCAGUGUAGAAUUACCACCUUUAUGCUCUUCAAAGUUUAAACCAGGUCCUCCAAGUGUUGAAGCUCAAAUAGCAACUCGCUUAUUGGCUGAUAUCAUUGAGAAUUCAGAAUGUAUUAAUACAAAAAAGUUAUGCAUUACAAAGGAAAAAUUAGUUUGGUGUUUGUAUGCAGAUCUUAUAUGUCUAGAUCAUGAUGGAGCACUAAUUGAUGCAUGUGUUUUAGCUUUAAUGGCUGCACUCAGAACAGGUGUGACUUAA